CCUAAGCGCUAGUUAAAUUUCACAAAUGUCCGUUUGGCAUGGGAAGGAAUCCGAUGCGCCUGCCAAGUGUCAGUGGUAGAAGCUCUUUUAUAUAUUCAAUAACAAGGCAUUCAUUCCGACCCAAAAGCAUUGGCGUACUCAGUUUUGGCUACAUUAUGACCGAGAACAUGACGCUCGAACUGGUAUCCUCAUCCAAGUGCUUUGAAGGCGAGCAGCGAGUCUAUCGCCACAAAUCCGCCACUCUCGAUUGUGAGAUGACCUUUGGUGUCUUCUUGCCACCUGCUGCCCUGGAGGAAAAUAAUCCUUGUCCGGUGCUGUUCUUCCUGAGCGGGUUGACUUGUACUCAUGAAAACUUCAUCCAGAAAAGUGGCUUUCAGAAGCACGCCGCCCAACAUAAUCUGAUCGUCGUGAAUCCCGACACCUCGCCGCGAGGUGUGAACAUUGCCGGUGAGGACGAUUCCUACGAUUUCGGUAGUGGUGCCGGGUUCUACGUGGAUGCCAAGCUGGAACCAUGGGCGAAGCACUACAAAAUGUACAGCUAUGUGACCCAAGAACUGGUUGAUGUGGUUAACGCGAAUCUGCCAGUAGUCCCGGGAAAACGAGGCAUCUUUGGCCACAGCAUGGGCGGGCAUGGUGCGUUGAUUUGUGCCCUGAAGAAUCCCGGACUUUACCAGUCAGUUUCUGCCUUUGCUCCGAUCACCAAUCCUACAAAGAGCGCUUGGGGUGAAAAAGCCCUUACCGGCUACAUCAGCCCCAACUCCGCCGACUGGGCACAGUGGGACGCCACGAGCUUGGUGUCUCAGUACGAGAGCACUCCGCAGGAACUUUUUAUUGACCAGGGAUCAAAGGAUAACUUCCUUAGUAAUUUGCUACCGGAAAACCUUCUUUCAGCAGCAGAAGGCAACGAUCACAUCCAGACAAUAUACAAGCUCCGCGAGGGAUACGAUCACAGCUACUUUUACAUCGCCACAUUUAUUGCAGAACACAUCGCCUACCAUGCUUCUCUCCUGAAAGCGGUCUGAGGAUUUAAUGCCAUUAUCUUGUACUUUUCCAUCGGUUUUCUUUCGAAAAUAAAUUAAACGUUAAAAACGUAAAA